AUGCCGCCCGCCCACGCGAGCCCCGAGUUCGUGCAUCCCGAGGCCUCGCACGCUCGGAAAAAACUCCCGAGCGUCUACGUGAUCAAGCCAAUCCGGGCAUUUGGAUAUUUUCUUGCCGCGGCGCUUGUCUCCGCAUUCUUCGCGCCGAUACAGGAUUGCGACGAGACCUUCAAUUACUGGGAACCCACACACUACCUCUCGCAUGGCUACGGGCUCCAGACUUGGGAGUACUCCCCUGACUAUGCCAUCCGGAGCUGGCUGUACAUUGCCCUGCACGCGGUGGUGGGGAAUUUUAGGCGCAUUCUGCCUCACCCCGACAAGGUUGCCGAGUUCUACUCUGUCCGCAUCGGUCUAGCAUUUGUCUGCGCGUUUUGCCAGACCCUCAUGUACCAGUCUGUGACCUUGGCCAUCAAUGGUCGGAUCGGCUUCAUCUUCCUCAUUGCUCUCAUCACCAGUCCUGGCAACUUCCACGCUAGCACAGCCUACCUGCCUUCGAGUUUCGCCAUGUACAUGUGUAUGCUAGGCGCAGCAGCGUUCAUGAACUGGCGCGGGGGACUGAAAACGACACAGGGAAUCACGUGGUUUGCCGUCGCCGGCGUCCUGGGAUGGCCCUUUGCCUCGGCCCUGUGUGCGCCAUUCGUGUUGGAGGAGAUUGUUCUCAUGGCCUUUGGUGAUUCCAACGCUCUAUUCGAGUCCUUUAUCAGGCUGGGCAAGGGCGUCAUUGCUGGCAUUGGCGACGCGCUUGUGAACCUCUUCUUCUACAAGAAGCUGGUCAUUGUCCCCUGGAACAUUGUCAAGUACAAUAUUUUCUCCACCGACAGGGGCCCUGAUCUGUACGGCACUGAGCCGUGGACCUUUUACUUCAAGAACCUCCUCCUCAACUUCAACAUCUGGUUCAUCUUGGCCAUGCUGGCUUUGCCACUGUUCGUGCUGUCAAAGGUGGUGGCGCCAUCCAACCAGGGUAUAUCGUCCGGUCUUCGCACCAUUGUUUUCACCGCUCCCUUCUACAUGUGGCUGGCCAUCUUUACAUCUCAGCCGCACAAGGAAGAACGCUUCCUGUACCCGGCAUACCCCUUCCUGGCUCUCAACGCAUCCCUGUCUCUCCACAUCAUGUUGACGGCCAUCGGGUCCUCCGACCGCACGACGCUUGUCGGCAAGAUCCCAGCCCGCCUCAAGGUCCUUGCCGUCGGGUCGGUGCUCGGGCUAUCAACCUUGCUGUCCGCCGGUCGGGCACUUGGGCAAUACAGUGGAUUUUCCGCACCUCUGAAGGUCUACGAUCCUCUGCGCCAGGAUGUCGGUCGUAACGGAGACCUGGUAUGUCUGGGAAAGGAGUGGUAUCGCUUUCCCUCGUCAUAUUUCCUUCCACGCGACAUGCACGCCAAAUUUGUGCGGUCCGAGUUCCGAGGUUUGCUCCCCGGAGAGUUCUCGGAGGCGCGUACCGGCUUUGGGUUCUGGAGCGGCACAUGGCUUCCCACGAGUGGUUUCAACGACCGGAACGAGGAAGACCUGACUAAAUACGUCGAGCUGCCCAUGUGCUCUCUUCUUGUCGACACCCAGUACCCGGAGCGGACAGAGCCCCUGCCGCCCAACGAGCCGGACUACAUCGCCGACGUGGACACGUGGGACAUUGUCCGCUGCGAGCCUUUCCUCGAUGCUGCCAACACGCACAUUCUGUCGCGGAUCUUGUGGAUUCCAGACCUGGCCGUUGUGCCCGACAAGUACAUGCGAAAGUGGGGACGUCACUGCUUAUUGGAGAGGAAAAAGUAA